GUGAACAAUGCUCAGACUAGAGACCAUCCUCUGCACUUUCUCCGUGCUGUCUGUUGCAGCGAGGGCAGAUUUUAAAGCUCGGAAUUGCAGCGAGGUGAGGGAGGCUUGCGUCGCGAAGGGCUUCAGCUUCUCACAUGUUCCUCAUCAGGAAAUCCCAGGUGAACAUCUCCGCGUCUGUCCUCAGGGAAACACAUGCUGCACCCAGGAAAUGGAAGACAAAUUUGGCCAGCAGAGUAAACAGGACUUCGAGAACCUGGUAGAUGAAAUGAGUCAUGUACUGAGGAGCACCUUUGUUUCGAGGCAUCAAAGAUUUGACGAAUUCUUCCUGGAGCUGCUGGAGAACACCGAGCGAUCCCUGAACGAGAUGUUUGUCAGGACUUACGGCAAGCCGUACAUGCAGAACUCUGAAGUCUUUGAGAACCUCUUUGCCGAGCUGAAGCGGUACUACACGGGGGGGAACGUGAACCUGGAGGAGAUGCUUAAUGACUUUUGGUCGCGGCUGCUGGAGCGCAUGUUCACACUGCUCAACUCGCAGUAUGUCAUCACCGAGGACUAUCUGGAGUGUAUCAGUAAGUACACCGACCAGCUCAAGCCCUUUGGAGACGUGCCCAGGAAGCUCAAGGCUCAGGUUACCCGUGCGUUCAUCGCCGCACGCACAUUUGUCCAGGGGCUGUCCGUUGGCCGGGAGGUGGCCCAGAGAGUGUCCAAGGUGAGCAACACGCCGGCCUGCAUCCGGGCGCUGACCAAGAUGCUGUACUGCCCCUUCUGCCAGGGCCUGCCGGCAGCGAAGCCCUGCAAGAACUACUGCCUGAACGUCAUGAAGGGCUGCCUGGCCAACCAGGCCGACCUGGACCCGGAGUGGAACCAGUACAUCGACGCCAUGCUGCUGGUGGCGCAGCGGCUGGAGGGUCCUUUCAACAUCGAAUCUGUCAUGGAGCCCAUUGAUGUCAAGAUUUCAGAGGCCAUCAUGAAUAUGCAAGAUAACAGUGCACAGGUCUCCUACAGGGUUUUUCAAGGUUGCGGCCAGCCGAAACCCGCAGGAAUCACGAGGUCUGCUCGCGGCGUUUCGGACGUAUACAACGCCCGCUUCAGGCCCUACAGCCCGGAGGAGCGGCCCACCACUGCGGCUGGCACCAGCCUGGACCGACUGGUGAUCGACAUUAAAGAAAAGCUAAAGCUGUCUAAGAAAUUCUGGUCGGACCUGCCCGAGGCGAUGUGUGUGGAGGACAGAGUGACCGCUGGAAAUGCCAGCGACGAGGACUGCUGGAACGGCCACACCAAGGGCAGGUACUUUCCGGAAGUGCAGAAGGACGGCCUCACCAACCAGGUGAACAACCCCGAGGUGCAGGUGGACAUCACACGCCCCGACACCUUCAUCCGGCAGCAGAUCAUGGCUCUGAGGGUGAUGACCAACAAGCUGAAAAACGCUUACAAUGGCAACGAUAUCUACUUUCAAGACUCAAGCGAUGAAGGCAGUGGCUCGGGCAGUGGCAGCGGCUGCACGGAGGUCUGCCCCACGUACACGGACAGUGGCGCCACAGAGACCCCGGUGGUGAGAGCCGACCGGAGCGGGCCUGUGCAGGGCUCGGCCCCGCUCUGCGCACCGUCUGUAGCCCUGCCAACCAUGCUGGCCCUCUCUGCCCUGGCACUUCACCGACAAUGGAGAUAAUGCUGGAGGAACGGGCUAAACAUGGACAGCAGGGUUUGUUUUUUUUUUUUUUUUGGUUUUUUUCCCCUUCUUUGCAGUUUUUUGUAUUCUGGCAGAUUGGAGCUACAGUCAAGCAGACAGCAUCCAGGCUGCUGGCCUCGUGGCGAGAGGAGUCUGCUCUGAAAAGGAGAGCAGUCAUACAUCAUGAUUUCCCACUUUCCCAAAGAUCGUGCAGUGCCAUCCUCUGACUUUUUUUUACAGCAUCUCUUCUCCACCGAGCACUAAUGCUGACCCAACGAACUCUGCUUCAGAGAUUUAAAAAAAAAAAGAAAAAAAAGAUCUAUCUAUUUCUUGCACAUAUGGCCGGUAUUAAUGUAGGUCUCCAUGUGGAAAAUAUAACACGCACUUUGAUUGUUUUUGAUUUUUGAAAUGCAAAAAUGUUUGUGUGUUGGAAAAUGUUGAGAAUGUGGCUAUUUGAUGCUCCUGAAAGGAAUAAAAAAAAAAAAAGUCAUUUUAUUUUAAAAGAAAUCCUGAUGAUCUAAGUGAGAGAAAAUUGAGGAGUGUGGUUUUUCACCUUCAGCUGAGAUUGAACGCUCGCUCCACUUUCAUCAGCUCAUGUGCCAUGUAUUGAUUAAUGACCUGAAUCAUAAAACAUCUGAUGUUAUAUUGUUUCAUUUUAGAUCAAAUGCCACUUCUAAAUUGUUUUUUUCUAUGUUUGCCAAUAUUUUCAAUCAUCUAGGAUUCAAACUGCACUACGUCUGUCAUUGGUCAUGAAAUCUGCACAAAGACUUACUUAUGCAUAAAAGUUUACCCUGCAACAGUUUUGUUUUCGGCAUGUCUUCAUGCAGGUUUUCCUGGCUUGGUUUCGACUGCCUGAACAGAAUUAUAACGGUGCAUUCAUUCAAAAAGAAUGAAAGUCCCUUCAAUGUACAGGUGCAUCUCAAAGAACUGGAAUAAAAAAGCUUUUUUUCUUUCCAUAAAUGCAUUGAAACUGAUACAUUUAUGCAUUUUCAAAUGUAUCAUACACAAAUGGAGACAUUUCAAGCUUCUUUUUAAAAUGUGUUCAAUAUGAUCUUGGGUUAUUAGUAAUACAAAAUCUAAAUUAUAUGUGUAUAUUGAAUGUCAAAGAAUAUUUUCUGAUACUGAUAGCUUCUUAAUGAUAUUCUAAUUUGUUUGAUAUGCAUCUGUACAGUUAUUCUCUCAGAGCAGUCCUGGUUCCUGGAGUUACAGGGUCUACAUCUCGAUGCCAAAUCAAUAUUUCCCUGUCAGAUGAGGCUAAAUACACAAGAUCUUAUACACAUUUUUCAGAUUUAAACUGUUUUCUUCAUCUGAAGUGAUUACAGUUUGGGUUUCUACAUAACCACUCUGCAGCAUCAGCGCAAAAUAAGACAAUAACUCAGCACAACCUCAGAUAAAUAAGUGUUGCUGUGCUUUACAGAUUUAUUUGUCUGGUAUUAUAAGGAAAGGUCAUGCAGAUUACUUCGGGGUUGCGUCCCAUUUAUUAUCCUUAAAGAGGCAUGCACAUUUAAAAGGUGAAGCACAUCCAUUUAAUACCAAAUUAAUAUCACUGAAGCAAGUCGUGUGCUGCUGUAAUCUCUGUAUUAAUUUACAGUAAUUUGGUCCUAUAUUGUUUUCUAAUGUAUGCCCAGAAUGGUGGACAAAUAUUUGCAAAAUGUAUUUUUGAUGUUUCAUAAAUCCUGGAAUCGCUUAAAUAGGAGCUGUGUUUGCUAAUUUUGCAUGUGAUUGAAUAACCAAAGCCUGUCCUCUGUGUGGAUAACUAUCAUUGAAACGAGCACCGUUGAAUCCAAAUUAAUAUAGCGAAACUGAAAUUAUAUUUAAGGGAAAAAAAAAAAAAUCAUAAUACCACAAUUGCAGAAAGUGGAGGAAUUAAUAGGGACGAGGAGUAGCAAAAAAAAAAAACCACACAGUGGUUACUAGAAAUGCAAAGAAAGGGCCCCUAAAUUUAUCUGGAAAGCUUGAAUGG